CUCAAGUGAUCCUCUCAGAGUGCUGGAUUACAGGCGUGAGCCACUGUGCCCGGCUCCCCCCAGACCUCGUAUCCCCCCUCACUUCCUCUUUCACUGGCCUCACACCCCUAAUUCCGCACACCUGGGCUGUGGCAGAGGGGCCCGAGGAAGGACACUGGGGAGAUUGGGGCCAGCAAAUGCGGGGCGGAGAGAAGGCAUCUGGUCCAAAUCCAGAGCCCUCCCUGUGUCCCCUCACUCUGUCUGUCACCUCCCCAGCGCCAGGGCCCUUGCGGUGCCCAGCCUGCCUUUCUACAGACAGCUGUGCGGGGGAUGUGACAGAGGCCUGUCCCGAGGGGAGCACACACUGCUACAGUGGAGUCCUCCGGCUCGUGGGAGGGAAAAUCUUCACCAGACUGCAAGUGCAGGGAUGCAUGUCCCAACCAGGCUGCAACCUGCUCAACGGGACCCGGGACAUUGGGCCCAUAGAAUUGAGGGAGAGCUGCAAUGUCAAAGAUUUUCCCAUAUGUGACCACGGGACCAAUAUUGUGACUAGCAGCAGCUUAACUCAUGAACCUGUGUACUGGGACCCAGAAUUGGUCCGGCUCUGCGACGCUGGGCAGGAGUGUCAGGAGACGCUGCUGCUCAUAGACGCAGGAGACAAUUCAGCCCUGCUGUGGAGCAAGGGCUGCAGCAGGGCUGGGGCUCAGGACUCCCAGGCCACCUCCAUACAUGCCGGGCCCACCGGGGUGCUCAUGGCCUCCUAUACGCGGUUCUGCUCCUCCAACUUUUGCAACGGAGCCAACAGCAGCAGCGUCCUGCUGAAGUCCCUCCCUCGUCCAGGUAUGGGAUCCAGGGACUUGGGGAGACCGGGCCACAGAGACACAGACACUUGGAGCCCAAGGCGGGUGGCUACAGCUGAGAACAGAGCUGUGCACCCCCAACCUUCUCUCCCCUCCCCAGCUGCCCCUGCCCCGGGAGGCCUGCAGUGCCCGAGCUGUGUGAACAUCUUCGGAUCCUGCUCUCAGAACUCGCCCCGCAUUACGUGUCCUAACAGCACUGCCCACUGUUAUGAUGGCCGCAUUUCCGUCAAGGGAGGUGAGUGCUGAAAGCUGGAUCCCAAGGAUAAA